AUGCCGUCACAAUUCAUCAUCUAUGAAGAUGAAUCGUUUUUCUCCUCCGCCUAUGCAUGUGGCUGCCGCGGCCAGCUCCGACGUCGCUGUAGCCAUUUCCGCUGCAAGCCUCACCGGCGAAAACAACUGAUGUCGCUGAUUUCACCAUCACCGAAUCAGUCUCGAGCUUCUCCGUCAAUCAAUUUUAGAGCAAGCCAAGAGAAUCGUCGACUAUUCUCAAAACUCUCCACCUCCGAUGACAUUUCUGCUCAUUCACCAGCUUCACCGCCGGCAAUUCUUCUCUGCAACCACAACUUGAUGAUUGUGAUUCAUCACCAUUAUGCUCUGCAAUCAUCUCAACCGCUUGAUGCUCAUCAUCACAAAUCCAGCUUAGACCAGCUAAUUUCAUCAGCUUCACCGCCAAAUACUUCUCCAAUCAUCUUCACCAAUGACAUAUGA